UUUGGCAAGUACGCAUUUGUGGAACACUGCGAGUGUCUGGUUUAUUUGAUUGCGUUAAGUGGCUAUUGGCUGUUGUUAUUUACGAGGUCCGAUGGUGGUCGCUAUUCGGAGAUUUCGUUAAUCGAGACGACGCGGCCUUCAGACUGUGUUCGUUCUGUACGUUUUAAAAGUAAAAGCAUUGUAGGACACAUUCUUUUCACUAAAACAAUGUUUUAGAGUUUACAAUAUGGAAUAUUUUGUUUUCAUUACUUAGAUAAAUCACAAAUUAUGGAGAUCAGGAAAUAAGGAGUAACUGGCUCCUAAAAUAUGACAUAUUUACAAAAAAGGUAAAGGGGUGGGUUAUGCCACCUUGGUGCCCAACCACCCCUUACAAGGGGUUAUUUAUACUAGUGCUGGCAUUCGUACUUUUAGAAUAUUUCUUCAAUACCUUCACAAAUUCAAAAAUUUACAAUUCAAACAAAUUGUCUCGGAAUGCUAAAGAAUUUCAGACAUACGGACCCCUUUUGAAGACUUUACUCUUUAAGAACAACAAAACCAAUGUGCAUAACAAUACGAUUAUAUACACAACGAAGAACGAAUCCUAUUAUAGUUAUAUUGUAACCGAACCGUCGUUUUCAACCAACAACCUCAAUAGCUCCCCUGUAACAUUAUCAGCUAUUAGUAUUUCCACCAUCGAAAUAAAAAAUGAUUCUAGAUUGUAUAAUUCGACGUUGCCGUUAUGUCCAGAUGACAUCUCUUCCAGUUUAGAUGGUAGAAUACCAAUAAUACGAAGUCCAGUACCAUCCGUUGAAGAAUUGGAGAACAGGUUCACCUGGCUCCAACCUGGUGGACAUUGGCAACCUCCGAACUGUAGAGUUUUAAAAAGUGUAGCAAUAGUAAUUCCGUUCAGAUGUAGAGGUGAACAUCUAUUGCUUUUUCUGCAACACAUGCAUCCAUAUCUUAAAAAGCAGCAAUUAGAUUACACCAUCUUUGUAGUAGAACAAGAUGGUGAUGGUCCUUUCAAUAGAGCUAUGCUAAUGAAUAUAGGUUAUAGAGAGGCUUUGGAAAUUAAAUGGUUUGACUGUUUUAUAUUUCAUGAUAUUGAUUUGUUGCCUGAGGAUGAUCGAAAUUUGUAUACUUGUCCAGAACAACCAAGACAUAUGAGUGUGGCUGUAAAUAUAUUUAAGUAUAAAUUACCGUACCCAGCAAUAUUUGGUGGAGUGUCUGCUAUUAGUACCGACCAUUUUAAAUUAUUAAAUGGAUUUUCAAAUUCGUUUUGGGGUUGGGGAGGUGAAGAUGAUGAUAUGUCUAAUCGAAUUAGAUACCACCAUCUUCAUAUUUCAAGAUAUCCUAUAAGUAUUGCUCGGUAUACAAUGUUGACGCACAAAAAAGACAAACCUAGUCCAUCUCGUUAUGAUAUACUCAAACAAGGUGAGCAACUUUACGAUAAAGACGGAUUGAAUAGUUUGAAGUACAAACGUAUUCAAAGGAAGUUCAAUUUGUUGUACACUUGGGCUCUGGUACGUAUCGACUCACCCAGUUGAUGAACAAACCUGACGUCAUAGAAUGUUCAAUUAGUGAGAUUAAAUUGUGAUGUAGAAUGAUUGUAAAACAGAAAAUGAUUCUAUGUUAGAUUUCUAUAUUAUGCAAUUAUUUGAUAAGGUUAAUUUAUCAAUGUGUGAAUAUACUCAAAUUUUGUUUUGUCAACUUUUAUUUCUGUUUAACAAAGUUGCUUAACUGUUAAGCGGUACAUGGAAUGACGCGAACUGUAGACCUCGCGCAACUAACAUCUUUGAUUAUAAAAUACAAGCUAACAUGAAUCUCAGAAACCGUAGAUUUUUUAUUUAUCAUACAUUUGGGACCGGAAGCAUGGUCGCAACGAAAAAAGGUCGGAUUAUCAGAGGAAAAUUUUUAUUGACCCCUAACAUCACAAUAAAGUUGAUUGUGUACAGUAUAUACCGUACUAUAAAAAUUGUUAUCAUGCGAUAAGAUAUUGUUAAUCUGAAAGGAAGUUUAACAACACACAAUUUAAUUAAAACGUGAGAAAAAGGGUAAAAGAUGUUCUUAAUCGGGACGAAAAAAGUCUAUAAUGUUCUUUUGCUUAGCAGAAAACAACCUUGAUUUUGCCGCGAUGUUCCACCAUUUCCCAAUUCACAAAAUAUCUAUAGGGGUAGACGCAGAGUUUUUUUCGAUGUACUGAAGGGCUGUAUCAAAAGAAUUUUUAGCAAGUAUAUGCGAUACUCUAGCCAUAUGUUCAUUGUCUUUGUUUUCGUCAUCGUUCUCGUUCCCAUCGUUUGUUCGAGUUAGAAAGUCAAUGAUUCGAUCGUCAGUUAAUUCUUCCAUUGUGCAGUCAACGUCAGCUGUACUGAUCCUCUCACUUACGUCACUGGGCUCAACAUUCGGUUGUAAAAUUUGCAAAUUCCUCAAAAUUAUUCAAGUGUCUUUCGUCAUUUGUUGCACGGGUUGUUUCAUCUUCAUUCUCUUUACUCGACAUUGUCGAUGACAUUCGACAUUUCGAAGCAAAAAUGCCGUUAAUCCUAGCAAAUGAUUUCAGAUAUUUGUCUCAGGGAGUUAGUCACCAAUUCUUGAGUUUUCAAAUGGGUUUGUUUUCUUUAUAAUUUACUUGGAUCCCACUGACAGAAAAGUCAUUUUUAUCGUUAUUUGAUUUAUAAUUAUUAAAUUUCCGUGUGCAACUACAAACAACCUUAUUUUUCUAGUGUAGUUGUGCGCGCUGUACGUCACAGAAUGUCAAAAACAUUACACUAGAAAAAUAAGGUUAUGUUUUUGACAUUUUGUGGCGUACAGCGCGUUAUAAAAAGAGUGUUGGUUAACUUCAACGUCACGAGCGCGGUCAUUGUGUGCAUUAUCACGGUUUCUCAACAAAGUGAACUAACUUUGAUAUUUAUGAACGCCUACAGCGGGUUCAUUCUAUCUACCGCAUAAUGUUGAAAACUACUUAAACACUGAAAGAUAAAUAGGAUUAUGUAAAUUUAAGUAUUCAUCUCAUUGUAUAUUCGUUUUAAUGUUGCAUUAUUUUUACUUAAAUAUAAAAUUCCUCCUAUUUCAAAUUUCUGUUAUUAUUUGAGAUUUGAAUGGAAAAUGAAGUCAAUAUUAGUAUUAGUAUUUGAAAAUGAUAAAAGCUUACUAAUGGAAAAACUUGAUUGUAUUUAUGAAAUAUAUUUCGACAUAUACUUAGAAGUUCAAUAACUACUUUAUUUUUCUAAUGUAACACUCUAUAUGUUAAGCAGGCUAGAAAGGAUAUAUUGUUGUGUUUUGAAACAUUCUGAAGAACUUGCAAGACUAUUUAGGGCUUCGAAUUGGCGAGAGUAGCACACAACGGAUAAGAUGUCAAAAUUUCUAAACUGGUUUAAGGGGUAACACCACUGUAGAGCCCGGUUUUUGAUAAGAAGUCAGAAUUUAUAAAGAGGUUUAGGGGGUAACACCACUGUAGAGCACGGUUUUUUCCAAAAAAAACUUUAUAUCAGAUGCAAAACCUAAUUAGAUAACUCUAUUAUACAUGCGUUCAAGUAAUUAAAUUAAUUUUUACAGAGGGUUCAAAAACAAAUUGGCGUCAAUAAAGAGCUAUAAGCAUAAGAGGAAUUUUUAUGGAGGCCCCCACUACCACCAACUUUCGUGGUAGCUAUUAAUGUGAAACAUAAAAAUCAAGUUUUUAAUAUUGUUUGAACUAAAAGCAAGAAAACUACAUAGAGGUUUAAAAAAAUAUCAAAUUUUAACAAAAUGGCGGAAGUUCCCUAUCCCUACGUAGAUCCCUAGAAAAUGAUGUUAUAAAGCUUCUGUCACGGUUUUAAAUCAAUCGUAUAAAAAUUGGAUGAACAAUUGUGGUGGUAGUGUUAGAAAAUUAAAUAUUAUAAUAAUGAUUUUAUGAUAAUAUUGUUUCCGAGAAAAAAAAUCAAUGGAAUUUCAACCACAUGCAUAUACACCCUAUUACUGUAGUUUGUUACACCCUCUACAUCUUUAUUAUAAAUGAAAAGGUUAUUGAACUCCAGAGUAUGUUCAUUACCUGAUAUAUACCAUUCAAUUCAACAAAGAAAAAUUCUUUUUCCAUUUUUUCUUUACUUUAAUUCUAAAUUUAGAAUUUAGUUACAUUUUGUACUUAGUCUAUUUUGUCAUCAUAUUUGUGUAUAUAACAAUUUUUCAAAUAAAACAUGUAUGUAA